AGUAUUGCGCUCCACCGAAAAAAAAAUGUGACUGUUGUCACAUGAUCGAAAUCACCCGACUGUCUUGUGACUUGUCCUUUAUGUCUGACAACAACAGUAACAACAGUAGCGCGGCCGCAUUAUCCAACGCUCUCACGCAAAUCUAUCGUCUGAAAGAUGUUUCUUCUGAAGCUGUUUUUCGUGGCUCUUGCUUUGAUGAGUUGUUCUGGCAGUCUUUCUGAACCGUGGGAAGAAGUAGAAGAAGAUGCCGAAAAAGAGGAAGCAGUGAUCAGUUAUGUGACGGGAUCGAUCUGGCCAAAGCCUCAAUCUUACAAAGCAACCGGCAAGGUCUACACGCUUACAUCGAAUAAUUUUUCUUUCGAUUCAGCGGGUGAAACCAGUGAUGUACUGAAACAAGCGUUAAUGCGCUACAAGGUUUUGGUUUUUCCAGAUGCAGUUGAAAAACCUAAAGACGGGUUGUCGCAAAUUAUUAAACUGACCGUAAAGGUGUUGGACAAAUACGCUCCGCUCUCACUAGAGUCUGAUGAGUCCUAUAUCCUGGUUGUUGAUGCACCUACUACUUCUUUGACUGCUAACACAGUGUGGGGUGCAUUACGAGGUCUUGAAACAUUCAGUCAAGUUGUUUAUCAAGAUCAAAUGGGAUUGUAUUUGGCCAAUGGCUCCAAAAUAGUUGAUCAUCCAAGAUUUCAGCACAGAGGGUUCAUGAUUGACACCUCAAGGCACUACUUACAUCCAUCGAUCAUCCUCAAGUUUAUUGAUGCAUUGUCAUACAGCAAGUUUAAUGUUCUUCAUUGGCAUGUUGUGGAUGAUCAAUCCUUUCCUUUUGUCAGUGAAACUUUUCCACAGCUAAGUGGGCAGGGUGCAUACAACAAUAAAACUCAUGUCUUCACAAAAGACGAUGUAAAUGAUAUUGUGGAAUAUGGAAGGAUGCGUGGAAUCAGAGUUGUUCCAGAAUUUGAUACACCAGGUCACACAAGAUCCUGGGGAAGCAUAGAAAACCUCUUAACACCUUGUUAUUCUGAAGGAAAACCAUCAGGAACAUUUGGACCAAUAAACCCAACUCUGGACUCCACCUACACUUUCUUGAAGAAAUUCUUUUCAGAGGUUGCUGAAAAAUUUCCUGAUCAUUAUCUUCACUUGGGAGGAGAUGAAGUUAGGGACACCUGUUGGGCAAGUAAUCCGAACAUUACAACGUGGAUGAAGAAAAUGGGAUAUGGGCAAAACUAUUCUUUGCUUGAGCAGUAUUAUGAGCAACACCUGCUGUCAAUUGUGGAGGGACUUGGUAAAAGUUAUAUUGUGUGGCAAGAAGUUGUGGAUAACGACAUCAAAGUACUUCCCGAUACUGUGGUGAAUGUUUGGAAAGCGGGCUGGAAAAAGGAAAUGGAAAAAGUCACAAGCAAGGGAUUGAGAACAAUUCUGUCGGCUUGUUGGUACCUGAACAGAAUACAAUAUAGAAUUGACUGGGAUAAGUACUACACCUGUGAACCAACAGACUUCACUGGUACUGAAGAACAAAAAGAGUUAGUGAUAGGUGGUACUGGGUGUAUGUGGGGAGAGUACGUUGAUGGAACCAAUAUUCUCCCAAGAACAUGGCCCCGCGCUCUGGCAGUAGGAGAGAGACUGUGGAGUAGUAAGGAUACAACUGACUUAAAUGACGCUAAAAUGCGACUCUGGGAGCACAGGUGUCGUUACGUCAGACGUGGAAUACCGGCAGAGCCUGGCACGAGGUCUCAGUAUUGCAGAUAUGAAUGGAGGGUUUAGAUGUAUGGUAACUCGACGGCAAACUCGUAACCAGUUGCCACCUAUUUGUUUGAAUUUUGAAAUAGAAGGGGCCUGGUUAAAUUUUUUUAAAAUUGAUUUGUAUAGGUACAAUCCAGAUUACUUUUAACGAAUCCUAAAUUUUUACCAUAGUUCACUGAAAGGUGUAGUUUAGAGAUGUAGCUUUGUGAGUUUGUGUCAAAAGCUCUUUUGAAGUUUAUUCACUUAUCUAUACUACUAGGAAAUGACUAUAUCAGAGCUUCA